UUGUCAACCUUGAGCUUCAGGGAAAGAAGACGAAGAUGCAAAUAAUGGCUACUACUCCGAUUAAACAAGUAUUUUUACUCCAAGUAUCAAAUCAACGUCUCUCAGCAUGUCUGGUACAAUGCGAACUAGUCAAGCUUUUGACUUUUUUUGUGGUUUCCUUACAUAUACGGGAUUUGUCCCGUUGUAUUCCGUUAUCUGAGAAAGCAACCGGAGUUUUGUUCCGGAGGUGUUUUUGUUUUCUCGGAAAAGCUCGGAGAUUGAAGUCAUGGACGUUGCACGCCAAGUGUUUGUGUUAUUGUCUGUGUUAGUGAUGUGUUGGGGUUUCGAGAGAUGUGAGGCUUCUGGGAAGUUCAGCUUCGAAGUUCAUCACAUGUUCUCUGAUACGGUCAAGCAAACUCUUGGGUUUGGCGAUUUAGUUCCGAAGGGAAGUUUGGACUACUUCAAGCUUUUGGCCCACCGUGAUCGGUUGAUCAGAGGUCGAGGUCUUGCCUCCAACAAUGAAGAACCUCCUGUCACGUUCAUGCGGGGAAACCGAACGAUUACAAUCGACCUUCUAGGAUCUCUACAUUACGCCAAUGUCUCUGUUGGAACACCAGCCACUUGGUUCCUGGUGGCUCUUGACACUGGCAGCGAUUUGUUUUGGUUGCCUUGCAAUUGCGGUUCCACUUGUAUCCGUGACUUGGAGGACGUUGGACUUUCACAGAGUCUACCACUCAAUCUAUACAGUCCCAAUGCAUCUUCUACAAGUUCAAGCAUUAGAUGCAGUGACAAGCGUUGUUUUGGAUCAGGAGGAUGUUCUUCUCCUACAAGUAUUUGCCCUUAUCAGAUUCCUUACUCUAGCACCACCGUCACUACAGGGACAUUGUUACAGGAUGUAUUGCAUUUGGUCACAGAGGACGAGGGUUUAGAGCCUGUCAAAGCUAAUAUCACGCUUGGCUGCGGUCAGAAUCAGACAGGUUUGUAUCGGAGAAGUGUGGCUGUGAAUGGUCUUCUUGGGCUUGGUAUGAAAGAUUACUCAGUUCCGAGUGUACUGGCAAAAGCAAAUAUCACUGCAAACUCUUUCUCAAUGUGUUUCGGGAAUAUUGUUGACUUUAUCGGAAGAAUCAGCUUUGGUGACAGAGGCUACACGGACCAGCUAGAGACACCACUAGUUCCUAUUAAAGCAAAUCCGACAUAUGCUGUGAAUGUGACCCAAGUAUCAGUGGGGGGAGAUGUUCUCGGGGUUCAGAUGCUAGCUCUCUUCGACACUGGCACAUCAUUUACACAUUUACUGGAGCCAGCAUAUGGUCUUAUUACCAAAGCUUUUCACGAUAAUGUCAAGGACAAGCGACGCCCGAUUGAUCCUGAGAUUCCAUUUGAGUUCUGUUACGAAACAAGUCCAAAUACUACAAGCUUUAAAUUCCCCAGAGUAAAUAUGACUUUUGCUGGAGGAUCCCAAAUGACUUUGAGAGAUCCGCUUUUCACAGUGUGGAAUGAGGACGAUUCCGCCAUGUACUGCUUGGCUAUCCUGAAGAGCGUGGAUUUCAAGCUUAACAUUAUCGGACAGAACUUGAUGUCAGGCUACCGCAUUGUAUUCGACCGGGAGAGAAUGAUUUUGGGUUGGAAGCGGUCUAAUUGGUUUGAAGAUGAAAGCUUGGAAUCUACAACUCCACCACCAGAGGUCGAAGCUCCUCCACCAAGUGUAUCCACUCCACCACCGACUCUUUCUCCUCCUGGUACUUCUGCUACACCACCCCUGAUCGAUCCUCGUAACUCCACCAGAAACCCUGGCACAGGCGGUGCAACCAACCUCACCCCUCUUGCAGCUGAACUCCUACUUCUCCUACCUCUUUUGGCCUUUAUUAUGUUCAUAUAAUAAUAAACCUCGAUUGAUGAGCAAAACAAUGCUCAGUAAGCUUAUUUCCCUGUUACAAUGUAUGUUAUUGUUGUCAAAAGUGAGUGCAUGGAGCAAUUGUCAAACUUGUUAGGAGAUUUGUUAAUGACUCUUGCUGCUUGGGUCCAAUGUGAUUGAAAUGAAACAGACUGGUAAUAAAAAGGGUAUUUUUGUAUA